AUGGAUCUGGAGAUAUCUCCAGAGCCUAGCUGGCGCUCAUCAGAAAGCAUCGCCAAUCCCUCCGACACUCUGUUACCGACAUCGGCGGAUGAUACUUCAACCCCCAAAUAUAUCCCUGCACCAGAAGCCCGCUCAGUAUUAACACGCUUAUACAUUUCACACACUCUCUCAGCAUGGAACUCCCGCAUGUUCGAAUUCGGCGCUGUGCUCUUUCUAGCAUCGAUAUUCCCGGGGACAUUACUAUACGCUUCGAUAUACGCUCUAGUACGGGCAUUUUCAGCCGUCGCGCUAUCGUCCUGGCUGGGGGCGCAAGUUGAUCGAUCAGACCGGCUCGUAGCUGUGAGACAUUCUAUUGUCUGGCAAAGAGUCCCUGUCGCAGUGUCAUGUUUAUGCUUUGUAGCGACUCUGUCUGUGAACUCGUGGGUGCUUAAGAUUGUCUUAUUCGCUGUGCAAGGCUUGCUGGCUUGUAUAGAGAAAUUGGCUGCUACGGCUAAUACAGUGGCUGUAGAACGGGACUGGGCAAUCGUGAUCUCGGAUAGUAUCAAUGUCCCUCGACAAGACUUGAACGCCUCAAUGAGACGGAUUGAUCUUAUCUGCAAGCUCCUGGCACCAGUAUUCAUCUCCUUGAUCGACAGCAUAUCAACCCGAUAUGCAAUGUGGACAGUAUUCACCCUGAACACUGCAUCUGUGCUAGUUGAAUAUAUGGCCAUUGCCCAGGUCUACCAAUCAGUCCCAGCCUUGACUAAGACGCAAACACCAGCUUCAACAACAGAGACAGAUGAUAUAAACAGCGAGUCCUCUCAAAACGACAAUACAUCUCACAAGACCGCCGACUCCUCGCCAGAUUCAUCACUGGCACCCUGGAGGGAGUACAUAGCCAGCCCUGUCUUCCUAGCAUCAUUUGCCCUGAGCCUUCUCUACUUAACAGUCCUAUCCUUCGGCGCAACAAUGGUCACAUACCUGCUACACACGGGCUUUUCUUCGUUGCAGGUCAGCUACAUGCGCAUCGGCUCCGUUGCCGCCGAGCUAUCGGGCACAUGGACAGCGCCUAUGAUCAUGAACCGUAUCGGUCCGAUUCGGUCGGGACUGUGGUUCCUGAAUUGGCAAUUUGUCUGCGUGGCUGGUGCAGCCGUGGCCUUUGUUGCUUGGGACUCGAGCGAGCGGUUCGUAGCGGGGACGCUGAUUGCGGGCGUCGCUUUGAGUCGCAUUGGGCUUUGGGGAUUCGAUUUGUCUGUUCAGUUUCUUGUUCAGGAGAAUAUCCAAGAACAUGCCCGUGCCCGCUUCUCGGCGACUGAAAUGGCGCUGCAGAAUGUUUUCGAGAUGCUUUCUUUUGCUUCGACGAUUGCUUUUCCGCUGCCGGCUCAGUUCAGAUAUCCCGUGCUGAUCAGCUUUGGGGCUGUGGCGGUCGCUGCUGUUUGUUUUGCGGCGUAUGUGCGCAAGGAACGGGGUCAUCUACUGCAUCGAUCGCGGUGUAUGGGUGGGGAUAAAUUGUUGUAUCGAGAAAUUGUGUCUGAGGAGGUUUAG